AUGUCUGAGCUAAAGGACUGUCCCCUUCAGUUUCACGAUUUCAAGUCUGUGGACCACCUGAAGGUGUGCCCUCGCUACACAGCUGUGCUGGCCCGUUCGGAAGAUGAUGGCAUCGGCAUUGAAGAACUCGACACCCUGCAGCUGGAGCUCGAAACGCUGCUGUCUUCUGCCAGCCGCCGGCUUCGGGUGCUGGAGACUGAGACCCAGGUCAGAUGGAAAUCAAGCUGCUCCAUAGAAUGGAGAUGCUUUAUUUCCGUGGUUCCCAAACUUCUUCCCCGCGUGGAUGAUUUGAAAAUUGCUUAGGAGCUGCCUGCUGUAGCAAUUCUAAUGUGCUGUGCUAGAUGCUGUAUGGUUUUUAAUUGGAUUUAAUUGCAUCUUUUAAUUGCAUUGUUUUAUUCAUCUAGAAUGCAGUUUUUUAUAGAAUGCAAAUUGUAAAACAGUAUAAGCAGUUAAAAUAGAAUUAAAAAUCGAUAUGAAUAUUUAACACAGCGGUUGUGGCAUCUCCUGUCUUCAGCCACAAAUCCACAUAUGUGUUGCAGACCACCUGAAUAAUGAUUACGGUCCACUGGUGGUCUGUGGACCACAGGUUGGGAACCCCUCCUUUAUCUCAUUCAGAAAAGGGGUGUUGGAACAACUCCACUAUGAAGAAAGGUGACAAUGUUUGGGGAUUUUUUUGUUUUGUUUUGUUUUGUUAAGAGGGACAUGAGAGAGGGAGAGAAAAUUACACAUGGUGUGAAGAAAGCAAAUAGAGAAAUUUCUCCCUCUCUUCUGAUACUAAAAGUCUGAGACGGCCAAUGAAGCUGAAUGUUUCAGGAGAGACAAAAGGAAGUGGUUCUUCACAUAGCACAUAGUUAAGCAAUAGAAUUUGCUCCCACAAGAUGUAAUGACAGCUACUGACUUAGAUGAUUUCAAAAGGGGGUUAAGCAAAUGUUCUCCCUCUUCUGUCGGAGGCCGUAUGCUUAUGAAUAACACUUGCUGGGAAUCACAAGUGUCCGUUAGAAUUCCUGCUCCAUGAUUGCAGUCAUGGGAUUGUUAUCACAUGGCGGUAUAUGUUUUGACUCCACAGAGUGGGAUGUGACGGAGAUUGGAUGUUUGUGUUACUGUGUUCCGUGAAGUGGGACUAUUGUCCUUUUUCCCUCUCUCUUUGCUGUCUGAUGCUAGAGAGAGAAGGAGCCAUGUUGCAGUGCUCCGUGUGUGUUUAUAUGUAAAUAAAGUAGAUUAGUCAAAAUGCUGAGUUGCUGAGGUCUGUCACACAACUGUGCAAACUCUGCGGAUCCCGAAGUGUGCCGGUGUCGGUUGGCAUUGGUUGCUGUGAUGUUCAGGCAGAAGAAAGCUUUUGAGGCUCCUGAACGAUCGACCAGGAGGGAGAGAACAUGCCAGUCAGGCAUGUGUCUCUGCCAGGGUCCUACUCGAGUGUAGGCCGAGCUCCUGACAGUGUUGAGGACAUUUUGUACUCGGGUUUUGUUUGUGGGCUCUUCCACCCUUUCCACCAGUAGCAAUUGAUGGAGCUAAAUUGGGCAAGGCCUUGCAAGAGUCCUAGGGCUGUAUCCAAGAAAGUGGGAUGACUUCUGCUCCUGCAAUAGAAUUCGCCCCAUACAUUAUCCCCAGAUGUACACUGCAACCCCCCAAAAUCUGCCCAGGAAAGCCUGCAGAGGGAGGGCAGGUUCUGUUGUGCAACCAGAAGUUCUUCCACUUGCACAGUUAGUUUGCUCAAUUCAACUCCUAGAUGUGCAGAAGUGAGAGAUGGGUGCAAAGAAGCUGGACAUCAUCUAGAAGGUCUUUUUCACAUGCCUGCUACACUCCCUGAUUCUAAAUACGGAUUUAUAUAUAUUUAUAUCUUGCUCUAGCACAGUGCAUUUCAAUAAGAAAGUGCUUGUUACCCUCUAAAUGUUGUCUAGCAUAUGGCAUUGCCAGUGAUGGAGCCACCUUUCUCUGGCGAAACAUCUUCCAGCCCCUGAAUUCCCCCCUCCCCAGCUCAGGUGUGCUAUGAAAAGAAGAAUGCAGUGCAGGAGUCACUGGGGCCAAGGAGAUGGGAGCAGUUUGGGGCAGUGACCUAGCAGCCUUUGAAUGAAUGACUAUAUCACCUUUUUCUCUAACAGGGACUAACAAAGCAGCUGUUUUGGUUUUUUUCAGAUCCUGACAGAUUGGCAAGACAAGAAAGGGGACAGGAGGUUUCUGAAGCUGGAAAAAAAAGAGCAUGAGUUGGGCACUCCUGUCAAACAUGGCAAACCCAAGAAACAGAAGCUGGAAGGGAAAGGAGGUCACAGCACAGGGCAGGGUCCCGGUCGGCCCAAAUCCAAGAACUUGCAGCCCAAAAUCCAGGAGUACGAAUUCCCAGAUGACCCAAUUGAUGUGCCCCGUAUCCCCAAAAAUGAUGCACCUAAUAGGUAUGUAGGGGAGGGAUUUCCACUGCAGCAGUAAUAAUGAAAAAUACUUUGUUACAUAUAAUCUGCCUCUCUUGAAGGGAGAAUCUAUCUAUCUAUCUAUCUAUCUAUCUAUCUCUCUUUGCUGGACCGCAAAGAAACCCAAAACACUCAAAGCGGUUUACAAAAAGGAAACAAGAAAAUCAAGAAAAGUUUACAAUAAUACUUUAAAACGUACAAAAAGUUAAGAUACUGCAACCAAUUAAAAUUUGUAUGAGCUUUAUAAGCAUCUGAGUAGGCUUGUUUAAACAAGACUGUUUUCAGCCCAAAAGAAUACAGCGAAGGCACCUCCUUGAAACAGAUACACCUCUGCAGCAAUGAAAAUGUAUUUUUGAAAGCGGUCGAUUUGAAGAUGUAACCCAUUGUUUUGCCCGCUGUAUGCAGAUCAAAGGAAAUGAGUUGCGUUACAUAUCUCCGUACAAAACCCCACAAGAUAUGGUUGGAAUAUUGCUGGAUAAUCAGUUUUAUAUUACAGUGGUAUCUUGGUUUACAACAAUAAUCCGUUCCGGAGGUCCGGUUGUAAACCAAAACUGGUUGUAACCCAAGGCACGCUUUCGCCAAUGGGGCCUCCAAAAAAAACGGGGGGGUUAAAAAAAAAUGGGUUGUAAUCCCAAAAAAGGGACACACACUUCCGAAUUUGACGCGGCUGUAAUCCAAAACGGUUGCAAACCAAGGUACUACUGUACUUUAGUGUACUCCACUGAGGAAUUUAGGUUGUCUUUUCCUCUUGUUGGCCAGAGUACCUGAGCUACAGGUGUGUAUGUUUCUCAGUGUUAGUGUCCUGCUCUCUUGUUUGCAGGUUCUGGGCCUCGGUGGAGCCGUACUGUGCUGACCUCACCAGUGAGGAGGUGCGUACCUUAGAAGAGCUCCUCAAGCCGCCUGAAGACGAAGCAGAACACUACAAGGUAAAAAUCAGCUUGAUUGAGACACUUCAUUCCGCCUGCCUACCUGCCCCUUCGCAGCCAAGUUUCCUGACGUCCACCAAGUAGCCCUUUUUAUUUAUUUAUUUUAAAAAAUAAUUUUAAAAUUUAUUUUCGAUUUAAUCAUAUACAUUCACAUUCAUAUUAUCUACUUUACCGCCCAGGCUCUUUAGAGCCUAUCGAUUUCCUUCCCUCCUGCCACAUGGCUUUCAAAAUUAACCUUUAUAUCAUUGCAUUUUGUACGUUAUCCAAUUCUAAUUGCACUCAUUACAUAAUGGUUCAAAAUAUAAAUAAAUAUAAAGAGGUGGAAAGUUUCUCAUUUCAAGUCGUCAGACAACCCUGCUAAGUGAUGUUAAUUGCUUACAAUAGUCUUUCAGAUACCGUAUAAAUUUACUCCAGUCCUUUUGGAAUACUUGAUCGUCCUGUUUUCGGACUUUUCCUGUCAGCUUCGCCAGUUCUGCAGAGUCCAACUUCUCAUUGAGAGAAGUUGCUGUAACUCUCUUCUUAUCUUCGAGACUUGGCUAUUGCUGGAUAUGGAACUUUUAUAGCCUUAACACCAGCCAGAUAUGUGAGACAGCGGGUGCCUCCCCACAUGAGCCACCUCCGUUAUCUUUAGCGGCAAGGUCACAUGUUGAUGCUUCCCAGAUAACACAACCAGCCUCUUGUUCACAUUCCCUCUCUUGACCUCGGAAAUUCCCCUGCUUCAUGAAACACCUCUCUUGUCGUUUAUAUAUUUUACCUUGAAAGGCUUUUAUCUAUCCUUUGUACCCAAGAAUUCAACAUGGCCUUCUGCCAUAAGAUUGGAAGAAUAAAAGAUGCAACAGCUGGGGUUAUAUAAAAUACCAAAGCCAGCUUAAACAACAGCUGUCACAUUAUUGUUAUUAUUUUUUGAUUUGGUAUACUGCCCUAUAUACCCUAAGGGUCUAAAGGCGGUUCACAGAAUAAAAUCAAGAUAUAAAACCACAAAAUACCUAAUAAAAAUAAAAACAACAACCUAAUAGCUUCCCCCACCCAAAAAAACCCCCAAAACAUUUUAAAAAGGCAUAGGAGGUAAAUCGGAUCAACCAAAGACCUGGUUAAAAAGGCAUGUUUUUGCCUGGUGCCUAAAGGUGUAUAAUGAACAUCAGAGAGUCACAGAAUCGCAGAAUUGUAGAGGUGGAAGGGACCUCAAGGGUCAUCCCCGUCCAGUCCUCUGCAGUGCAGAAAUCUCAGCUAAAGCAUCCAAGACAGAUAGCCAUCCAACCUCUGCUUAAAAACCCCCAAAGAAGGAGAAUCCACAACUUCCGGAGGGAGACUGUCAUGCAGCUCUUACUAAAUGGAGAUAAAACUUCACACAUACCCUCAGUAACACCUUGCGUUGGCAAGAUGAAAGAGCUCUCCUCUGCAUCCAUCUUGCAUCAGUAUUUCAUUUGAGCAUGGGCAGUGUUACUUCUGCCCCUGCUUUACAUGGCUCUCCUCUGUGGUUUUGCCUGCUCAGCGGGCUGCACCUGCCAUUGGGCGCGUUGGAUAACUGUCCUAGGUGGCAAGCAGACAAUUUGCGUGCUCCUCUUCCCUUCUUUGCCUGUUGACCGCUGCAUUUAGCUACGAUGCCUGUUUCAGUUGCCUAGCGAAAGGUGAUGGGGAUAUCACUAAAAGCAACAAAAGGGAGGGUGCCUGAUACAUUGAGGGGCGCAAUGGAGUUCAGCAUGGAGCAGGUUUGUUGGGGGAGGGAAUAAGGUAGUGCACAUGGUGAAAUGGAGGCAAGGACUAGCAGGAGGAGGAAACGGCAGAGGGUAGGGCAAUGGGAUUCGUGUGGAGCUACAUCCGGGGAUGUGGGUGGCACUGUGGUCUAAACCACAGAGCCUGGGGCUUGCCGAUCAGAAGGUCGGCGGUUCGAAUCCCCGCGACAGGGUGAGCUCCCGUUGCUCGGUCCCAGCUCCUGCCCACCUAGCAGUUCGAAAGCACGUCAAGUGCAAGUAGAUAAAUAGGUACCGCUGCGGCAGGAAGGUAAACGGCGUUUCCGUGCGCUGCUCUGGUUCGCCAGAAGCGGCUUAGUCAUGCUGGCCACAUGACCCGGAAGCUGUACGCCGGCUCCCUCAGCCAAUAAAGCGAGAUGAGCGCCGCAACCCCAAAGUCAUCCGUGACUGGUCCUAACAGUCAGGGAUCCCUUUACCUUUACCAGCAGGCAGGAAGAGGAAACGGUAGAGGGUAGGGCAGUGGGAUUUGUGUGGAGCUACAUCCGGGGAGGGAGGGAGCAAAACAUCUGGACAUUGAUGAGCGGAGGCAGAGUUAGACUCGCUGUUCCACCCUGUUAUUGCACAAUGUGAAUGCACGGUUUUCCUGCCCCUAUAGAUCCCACCUCUGGGGAAGCAUUACUCCCAGCGCUGGGCCCAAGAAGACAUGCUGGAGGAGCAGAAGGACGGGGCUCGAGCCGCCGUUACUGCUGACAAGAAGAAAGGCAUUUUGGGGCCCCUGACAGAGCUGGACACUAAAGGUACCCAAGAGCCUUCUGCGGAAUCUUGUGCCAUCUUUUCUGGGGGAGUUUGCAGCUCACUAAUACGGGCCACGCUUUAUAUGUCACCAAUACGGCGCACACUUUUAUGUAUCGACAUACCGCGGGCUUCAUGCAGCCCUGAGUCAAACUUUGUGUUGCCCUGCAGGUCUCUUUCCCUGCCACACCUGAGCUGUUUAGCCCUAGGAACAGCUGAGAAGGGCUCCCAUGGGGCUUCCAUGGGUGGGAGGCACAUGGCAGGAUCACUGAGAUCCCGUCGUUUGCCUCCCGCUUCCUGCUGCACUUGGCACGGUAGCACCACUCAACUGUUCCCAGCACUAAUCAGUUGGAGAGGCAAGCAAUGUGCAAUUGAUUGCUGUCAUAGAUGGAGGGGAAAGUUGGCAGGAUAUUGGUGGGCAGGGAGGCAAGGAGUGAGUGAGAGCAGGAGAGAGAGAGAGAGAAGGGGAGGACCCAGGCCCUGACCACACCUACUGCCAGCCCUGACCCCUCCAUGUGGCCAUUGAUCCACCAUUGUAUGUAGCACUUCUCCACCCUUCCUUUAUGCAGAUCAGCCUGCAGGUGUGACUCCCGGUUAACUAAGGAUUCACGGGCGGAAGUCUUCGGAUAGAAUCAUAAAACUAUAGAGUUUGAAGGGACCAGAGUUUCCCAAACUUGGGCCACCAGCUGCUUUUGGACUGCAGUUCCCAUCAUCCCUGACCGCCGGUCCUGCUAGCUAGGGAUGAUGGGAACUGUAGUUUGAAAACAGCUGGAGACCCAAGUUUGGGAAACCCUGAUCUAGUCCAAUCCCCUGCAGUGCAGGAAUAGGCAGCUGUCCCGUAUGGGGAUUGAACCGGCAACCUUGGCAUUAACAGCACCACGCUCUAGCCAACUGAGCUAUUAUACCCCUAGGCUGGCAGUGCCUUUAAGGUUUGAUGGCCCUCGGCUUGAUGGACUGCUCAUCUAGGUUGGUAUAAGGUUCUUCCCAUUGAGUUGUGGUGCACCCAAGGGUUUGCUUUCCCUUACGGCUGUGUGGUUAUUAUGGGAAAGCCCAAACUCUUUCCACCACAGAACAUUCCUAUGCAGUUGGGCAUCUGCCUAGGGGUUCCCCUUUUGCCUAAGGUGCCAAACCAGCCGGCCCAUCCUGCUACCCAACUGUUCCUUUGUUCCCACUCUUUCCAGAUGUUGACGCUUUGCUGAAGAAGUCCGAGUCCCAGCAUGAACAGCCUGAGGACGGCUGCCCCUUUGGACCUCUGACCCAGCGGCUUCUGCAGGCAUUAGUAGAAGUAAGCGGACAAAAUCCAGACUGGGGCCUCCUUUGGCUUCAGCAGGUCCUGAUUUCUCGGGGAGAAGAGGUGUGGCAUCAUAAGGCCCAAGACCCUGUAAGCCUCACCUCUCCCAUCUUCCCUCUCUCUGUGCAGGAGAACAUAAUCUCCCCCAUUGAAGACUCGCCUAUUCCUGAGAUAGCAGGCAAGGACUCUGCAACUGAUGGGGCCAGCACUUCCCCCCGCAGCCAAAACAAGCCCUUCAGGUGAGUGCUUUGUAGGAUAAUAAUAAUAAUUAUAAUUAAUAAGUAAUAAUAAUUUAUUAUUUAUAUCCCGCCUAUCUGACUGGGUUUCCCCAGCCACUCUGGGCGGCUCCCAACCAAAUGUUAAAAACACAACACAGCAUUAAACGUUAAAAACUUCCCUAAACAGGGCUGCCUUCAGAAGUAUUUUAAAAGUCAGAUAGUUGCUUAUUUCCUUGACAUCUGAUGGGAGGGCGUUCCACAGGGUAGGUACAGUGGUGCCUCGCAAGACGAAAUUAAUUCGUUCCGCAAGUCUCUUCGUCUUGCGAGUUUCUCGUCUUGCGAUGCACGGUUUCCCAUAGGAAUGCAUUGAAAAUCAAUUAAUGCGUUCCUAGGGAACCGCCUUCAGACCAGGUCCGGGACAGUCUGUCCCCGGACCUCUUCUGAAGGCUGGGGGGACAGGGCUUUUCUUCUCAUCCCCAGCAUUUUAAAACCCGGGACAGCGGAGGACUUCUCCGCUGUCCGGGCGAUCUUAAAAUGCUGGCGGGCGGCAUUUUAAAAUCACCCCUGGACAGCGGAGGACUUCUCCGCUGUCCGGGGCUAUUUAAAAGCCCCUGGGAAGGCAGGCAGGGGGGGACAAAGACUUUUGCCCCCGCCAGCCUUCAGAAGAGGUCCUGGACCUCUUCUGAAGGCGGGCGGGGCGAAGUCUUGCUCCCCGCCUUCAAAAGCCCUCCGGGACAGGCAGGCAGGGGGAGCAAGGACUUUCGCCCCCGCCCGCCUUCAGAAGGUCUUCCCUCCCCCCGCCCGGCCGGAGCACCGUUCCGAAGCCGGGCGGCGGGAGGUCUUCCCUCCCCACCGCCCGGCCGGAGCACCGUUCCGAAGCCGGGCAGAGGCGGGAGGUCUUCCCUCCCCCGCCCGGCUCGGAGCACCGUUCCGAAGCCGGGCGGCGGCGGCAGGUGUUCCCUCCCCCCGCCCGGCCGGGCACCGUUCCGAGCCGGGCGGCGGCGGCAGGUGUUCCCUCCCCCCGCCCGGCCGGAGGAGCCUUCCGAAGCCCGGCGGCCGCGGGAGGAGGUGUCCCCCCCCCGCCGCCCGGCUUCGGCGGAGGGCCGAGGACAGUGGGGAAGACGCGCUGCGCUUCCCGCUGUCCCUGAGAUUUCCUAUGGGCUGUCGUCUUGCGAAGCAAGCCCAUAGGAAAUUCGUUUUGCGAAGCGCCUCCAAAACGGAAAACCCUUUCGUCUAGCGGGUUUUCCGUCUUGCGAGGCGUUCGUCUUGCGGGGUACCACUGUACCACUACUGAGAAGGCCCUCUGCCUGGUUCCCUGUACUUCUCACAGGGAGGGAACCACCAGAAGGCCCUCGGAGCUGGACCUCAGUGUCCAGGCUGAACGAUGGGGGUGGAGACGCUUCUUCAGGUAUACAGGCCUGAGGCCAUUUAGGGCCUUAAAGGUCAGCACCAACACUUUGAAUUUUGUUUGGAAACGUACUGGGAGCCAAUGCAGGUCUCUCAGGACCCGUGUUACAUGGUCUCGGCGGCCACUCCCAGUCACCAGUCUAGCUGCCGUAUUCUGGAUUAAUUGCAGUUUCCCAGUCACCUUCAAAGGUAGCUCCACGUAGAGCGCAUUGCAGUAGAUUCUUGUUCCUUUUAAAUCAGCCUUCUAGAAUUCUGCCCUUUCUUUUCCCUCAUUGGCUCUUUUUGGGGUGCAGGCUGGGGGAGUUCCGAAUAUAGUCAAACCUCGGCUCCCGAAUUCCUCCGUUAUUGUACAUUUCGGCUCCCAAGCACCGAAAACUCGGAAGUAACUGCUCCGGUUUUCAAACUAUUUUCGGAAACGGCUUCCGGGGAGUUUUUCCCUUUUAUCUCCAUUGACUUUGCCGACCUCCCUUUGAUCCUCGGUUGUUGAGCAGUUCGGAAGUUGAAUGGUCUUCCAGAACGGAUUACGUUUGACAACCGAGGUUUGACUGUAAAUCACGACUGUAUACCAUCACAGCAACCAAACUCUACAAAUGGGUUCCAAAUCCUAGCUGCGUAAAAGGGCAGCUGUGAAAACUAGAAAGCAGUCCAAGUUAUUUGCCAUCGGAGGCUUGUAAAAAAACAGGACUUAAAAACAGAGAAAAAGAUUAACCUUUCCUCUCAAAAGUAGCUAUGUUGGUGACAGCUUUGUGGGAGAGGUGGCACUGCCAGGUGGUGGGGUAACUCUGGGAAAGCUGUUGGUGCCAUUCCCCCCCCCCCCAAAGCAGCCUAGGACUAGCCAUUGGCGUCACCUUUUUCUACAGCUUUUGUAUACCGUUUUCUGUCACAGGUGACCUUGAGACGGCUUACAAAUGAUAAUAUCUAUGCAAACCAUGAGACACAAUGGGCUUUAUCCAGCACUGUCUCAUCCCCCUCCACUCCCCUGCGUGCACGCGCACGCACACCUGGCACGCUCCCAAAAACUGGUGGUUGGGGCCCCUCUGGAGCAGAUUUGGGGAGAGGAGAUGAAGAGGAAAUCAGCUGCAUGAGUGGAACCCAGUAAAAACAUAAACUACAAAACUAUGCUAAUUUUGCAUACCGCUAGAUUGCCAAAGAGAGCAAUCGGUUCCAACUAUACGGAAGGGGGAAACGGCUCUCGGGAAACCGAGGCUGAGAACAAAUGACUCAGCCAAAGCUUACCAGGUGUUCCAGUUUACUAGACCAGUGUUUCCCAACCUUGGGUCUCCAGCUGUUUUGGACUACAACUCCCAUCACCCCUAGGUAGCAAGACCAGUGGCCAUGGAUGAUAGGAAUUGUAGUCUGGAAACAGCUGGAGACCAGAUGUUGGGAAACACUGGUCUGGACCUUAUGCUCCGCUCGCUGCCACCAGACCUCUCUGAGUGCCGAGGUUUCCCUCACCGUGGCUCCGCUUCUUGUGUCCUCUCGCAGCGUGCCCCACACCAAGUCUCUGGAAGGCCGCAUCAAAGAAGAGCUGAUUGCUCAAGGCCUGCUGGAGUCGGAGGACCGGCCUGCUGAGGACUCGGAGGACGAGGUGCUGGCAGAGCUGCGGAAGAGGCAGGCUGAACUCAAAGCCCUGAGCGCGCACAACCGAGCCAAGAAAGUCGAGCUGCUCAGGUGGGAAGAGGAGGAUAAUGAUUUCUUGCCCAUCCUUCACCCCUAGCCCCCAGGGUGGGUGGCAACGUUGUAAAAAUGCAAGGCUGAAACCGUUUAGAAUAAUUUACCGUUUAAAAAAAAACACAGAUGUGGGUGGAGAAUCUAAUGGCCUCAUCCCUUUGCCUUCUUGGCCAUGCAGAUGUUUUGUGUUUCAUUUUUAUCGCCCGCCUCCUCCUUGGGGGUUGGUGUUCUGGACCAGAGAUGGAUAGAGAUGGAAGCGCAGACUGCCGCAGCUUAGGGUUUCCAUGUUGUGGUUGAAACCUCCCCAUGUUUUAUCCAGUUUGGGACUGCUUUGCGUUAAGGACUACCUUUCCCCAUAGGAGCUUGUCCGGACCCUCAGAUCAUCAUCAGAGACUGUUCUCUGCAUGCCACCUUCCAGGGAGACCUGGAGGGUGUCAGAAAGAGGCCUUUCCUGCCUUAGCCUCCUGUCUGUGGGAUGAUCUGCUCGGGAAGGCCUGCCUGGUGGCAACUUGUAUUAUUAUUAUUUAUUAAAUUUGCCCUCAUUUCAGCCCCAAGGCGAAUAUGUUUUCCUGGGCAUGUGAAUGGCACCAGUGACCAGAUUACAGUGAUACCUCUGGUUGCAAACGGGAUCUGUUCUGGAGCCCCGUUUGCAACGUGAGCAGAACACAACCCGCGUCUGCGCGGGUCGCGAUUUGCCACUUCUGCGCAUGCGUGUGACGUUAUUUUGAAUGUGUGUGCAUGCGCGAGCGGCGAAACAAGGAAGUAACCCUUUCCAGUACUUCCGGGUCGCCACGGGACGCAACCUGAAAACGCUCAAUCUGAAGCAAACGUAACAUGAGGUAUGACUGUAUUUAAAUACUGCUGUGUGUCAAAUAUCAAUAAGUUUUUUUCUCUAAUUACCCUGUUAUAUUCCUGUUGCAAAUCUGCUUUUGGGGGGUGCUUCCUGUUGCUGAAAAGCAACCCGCAGAUCCCGCAAACCCCCUAACCUCUUGCAACCCUUCGCAGGCUAGCCAAGGAGGAGCUGCACAGACAGGAGCUGCGCCACCGGGUGCGCAUGGCUGACAACGAGGUGAUGGACGCCUUCCGCAAGAUCAUGGCGGCUCGCCAGAAGAAGCGCACCCCGACGAAGAAGGAGAAAGACCAGGCCUGGAAGAGCCUCAAGGAGCGCGAGAGCAUCCUGAAACUGCUUGAUGGCUAA